AUGGCACAGACGCAGUUGAAAACGCAGGAAAUUCUGCGAUCUCCGCAGGACAAUGCCGGUGGAGUCACAGCGUCAUCCCCCAGUGAGGUGGAAGAGUCGCUGCGACUCAUUGAAGAUCUCAAGUUUUUCCUUGCAACUGCGCCGGCCAACUGGCAGGAAAACCAGAUUAUACGGCGUUACUAUCUGAAUAACGACCAAGGUUUUGUGUCGUGUGUUUUCUGGAACAAUCUGUACUACGUGACGGGGACAGACAUUGUCAAAUGUUGCGUUUACCGAAUGCAAAAAUUCGGGCGACAGGUGGUCGACCGGAAAAAAUUCGAAGAAGGCAUCUUCUCAGAUCUACGAAAUCUCAAGUGCGGCGUCGAUGCGACGCUCGAACUGCCCAGGUCCGAGUUUCUGUCUUUUCUGUUCAAGAAUAUGUGCCUCAAGACCCAGAAAAAACAAAAAGUGUUCUUUUGGUUCAGCGUGCCGCACAACAAGUUGUUUGCAGACGCCCUGGAACGUGAUCUCAAACGGCAGCUUGCAGGCCAGGUGCCGACAACCAAACCGGCCAGUGAACCCGCUUUGUCGUUCACUUACGACGACAAUUCGGGUCUCACGCUGUAUGAGCAACUUUCUGAGCAUAUGAGUGGUAAGUUGGGCGUGAGUCGACCAGGUUCUCAUGCCGCUACAGAAGUAGCCGUUGAAGCGGCCACUUUGUCCUCUAAAUCGAUACCCGUAGCGGCCGCUGCCGCUGGAUACGGGUACCCUGUCAAAAACUUGAAGCCCGAAGUGCAUUCUAUCAAAAAAGAAGAAAGUGCAGCGGCGCUUCAGUUUGACCCUGAUGACGAAGUGGCAGCGAUCCCAACGCGGGACGCACUUCCGAUAAAUUCUUCACCGGACGGCACAUCCCCCAUGGCGCAACAUUUACGACUUGAUUCGGCGUCCCAAGCGCCACCGUCGCUUCUCGACGAUCCACCGCCCGCUGAAGAUGAUUUCCCACUGGAUUACUUCCCAGUAGAAGUUGAAUAUCCACAGGACCCAUUGCCCAGCGGCAAUGACCCACUAGGGUACGGCGACGAGUUCGAUGACCGGUACGCCCAAAUGGCUCCUGGCCCUUCUGCCACUACCGAUUUUUACGAAAACCAGCUUUUCUUGGAAGAAGCCGCUAUAUUUACGCCCGUGGUAGCUUCUGCCGCGCGGUAUGCAUUCCACGUUCCGGCUCCACCGCCGCCCAUGUCAGCGGCGCGUUCCCAUUUUAUGACCAAUGGCGAAUUUUAUGCUUCUUACAUGAAGGGCAAUAACAGGGGCAAAGGAACGGGACCUGAUAUUACGCAUGAUCGCUCCGAUGACGAUCCAGCAGACGACCAAGAAGUCGUUGACAGCUCGAAACCCGGUCCUGACCCACGUCCUCCCGUUCAAGGUUGGCAUCCUUAUGGGAAUCAUUUCACCGGUAGAUACCCUUACUCGAUCGCGGAGGCGCAAUUUGGAGGUUCUGAUCCCUACUUGACCAGGAGUUACACAAUGGACGAUUAUCUAUGCGACAAUCCAAGUCUAUAUGCACCAGAUGCAUUUACUACAGCUCCUUUCUCACCCAUGCACUCACAAAUGGGUGCACGUCCUUUCACACCUGGUUUACGUAUAGCAGCCAUGCCUCCAACAACGCAAUAUGUGCCCGUCUCUUCAUACCCAGGCAAGCCCGUGAUGUCCGCUUCGACAAAAACGCAUCCAAUGAAUCCUUACUAUCAACCUUCUUCACACUUUCAAAGGUGGGGCAAUGUCCAUGGCCACUUAAAGGGUUUCCCGUCGAUUCAAGCUACUUCUGCCCCGCAGGGCACAUCAAUGCAAAACCACCACCAUGCAUCCAACUCUGUUUCGAGACCUCAUUUUGGUAGACAGAAUAAAGUUUCCAAGCGACCAGUCGCACUACAGAAAAAGUCUCAAAGAAAUCGAUUCCAGAAAUUGUUCAAUAGAGACCCGAACACUCUUGAUGUCGUGAGUCGAGAUUACAGCGACGAUUUAGAGCCUAAAGAGCUUAAUGGAUCUCUUGCAGGAAGCCCGGAUACCGAAAUCAAUAAUUAG